AUGGCCACCACUACCGGCGGAUACACGUUGGCCAUCGUCGCGGCAGCGAGCGCCACGCUCCUCCUUGUCGCCUACCGCGACUACCGCGCAUACGUCGCCCUCGGACCCCACGGCCUGCCAGACACCUUCUGGGGCUGGUACAAGCAGCUGAAGCUAUCACGCCUCGCCCGCAAAGACACGACAGUCCCCGCGCCGUACGACAUCGAAGCCGAAAAGGACACAUACGGACCGCAUGCCGCAACAAGCUUCCUCGUGGAUGGCCUCCAGCCCCGACGCGGCUCUCGGCCGACCAUCCCAGGCUUCGUCGCGCCACAGCGGCAGAUCACCGCCGUGGCGUCCGCGGAGAUGAAAGUGCAGAUGCACAAAUUUCUGAGCGCCUUGGUGGCAGCCAAUUCUUCCGUCCUGCAGUACGAGUUGUCGGUGUUGGAAGGACCCGUGCCGGCCGUCCAGCUCAAGAGCGACAUCGCCAGACCAGCGUUUCUAAAAACGACGAAAGGCGAGAUGAUUCACGUCCACCCGCCAGAUGGCAGCACGCACCUCACGCUGUCUCUCGCCGAUUCCAGGUCCGUCAUCGAGCAGGGAUGGGGCCAGCGACACAGGCUCAGCGGGGGGCUUCUCGGCUGGGGAUACACGCUGGUGUAUGCUCCGCGCGACCAGCGCGAGCUUGAGGUCUGGAAGGGCGUCGUCUGGGCCGCGGCGCGGUAUUGCUGCGCCGACGUUCACGAGUUACGGCAUCCGUAA